AUGGAAGAAAAUAGUAACAAAGCUCUCGAGCAGACUGAACGUGAAGAGCUUAAGCACUUCAUUAAUAUAAUAUACGCUUUUAUGUCGUACAAACGGGACGGCUCAGUCGACGUCGAAAGGAUAUACAGGUCGUUCAACCUGCUUUCAGGGGACGACAAGGCCUUGCUGAUUGAAUCCCCGCCAUCUAGGACGAUAAAAAUACUGAAGGCGCUGAUUAAAAACCAAGAUUUUAUAAUCGCAAUGAUAUCUGGGAUCGUGGACUUAGAAAAAUACACGGGGAAAUUGGAUAAAUUUUACGCAGGAAACAAGUACACCGACGAGGAGGUGAAGAAGGAAGUCAUACACAUAAUAAGAAAUACGCCAUUUUGCAACUGCCCGGACGAUUUGGAGGACGAUGAGAUAAAGCCAACCAGCGACCCGCUGGUCUUGCAGAGGAACGUGAACUGGGUCCGAUCUACGCUCCGCCAGUUCGUGAGGGAUUGGUCGGUUGAAGGAGAGAAGGAGCGCGACCAGUGCUUCAGGCCACUCCUGGAUGCACUGCAGCGGAGAGUUCCAAUAAGAGACCUCGAAGAUCCACCACUGAUUCUCUGUCCCGGUUCUGGGUUGGGAAGACUCCCCUUCGAGGUCUUGAGGCUCGGCUACUCGAGUCAGGGUAACGAGUUCUCGUACUUUAUGCUAAUAGGUAUUUGCCUCAUUGCCCAUUUCUUUGUAGGUUCACACUUCGUUAUAAACCACGCCAUCAGGCCCAACGCCUUUAAAAUAUACCCGUAUUGCUUAGACACCAGCAACAGGAUAUCUAAAGAGGAUCACCUGAAGGAGGUUGACAUACCUGACGUAUCUCCAGGAGAAUUUAAACUCGAUCGCCAAAAAUUCUCAAUAUGUGCAGGGGAGUUCAUAGAGGCUUACGAGGGGUUCUCGGAGCACUUCGACGGGGUCCUAACGUCCUUCUUCCUGGACACCGCCAAGAACAUCAUUUCGUACAUCAGGACGAUCGCGCGUCUGACCAAAAGGGGGGCCCUCUGGGCGAACAUGGGACCCCUGCUGUAUCACUACGCAGACCUGACGCACAACUCAAUAGAGCUCCCCUGGGAGGAAGUGAGAACGAUAAUCUCAAACUGGUUCACAAUAGACAACUUUGACGUUAAAGAGGCGUACUAUACAUCAAACUCGUUGAGCAUGAUGAAAACGCAGUAUAAAUGUAUCUACUUCGAGGCGACCAGAAACGAGGUUCCGGUUAGCGGGCAAUCGAAUACAUUUUAA